AUGGCGGUGCGGGUGACAGGGGAUGUGCAGGCCGUUCAUCUUGAGUCUGACGCUUUCCUGGUUUGUCUGAACCACGCCCUGAGCACAGAGAACGAGGAGGUGAUGGGUCUGUGUAUAGGGGAGUUGAAGGGUGACGCGAGGGGUGGCUCCAAGUCCCCGCACGCCAGCACUGAGAUGCGCACAGUCCCGGGAAGGGUGGACACCGCCACAGUUGUUCACAUCCGUUCCGUCCUUAUCUUGCAACGCUCCGACAAGACGAAGGAUCGAGUGGAAAUUUCCCCGGAGCAGCUGUCUGCGGCCUCGGUCGAGGCGGAAAGGGCAGCUGAACAGACGGGCCGCCCGCUGAGGGUGGUUGGCUGGUACCACUCGCACCCGCACAUCACCGUCUGGCCUUCCCAUGUCGAUGUCCGAACGCAAGCCAUGUACCAGGUGAUGGACCAACGCUUCGUUGGGCUGAUUUUUGCCUGUUUCGUAGAAGACAAAACCGCAAGGACCGGUCGGGUACUGUACACUUGCUUCCAGGCUGUGCAAGACCCAAAGAGCUCAGAGUACGAAAGAAUGGAAAUCCCGAUCCAUAUCGUACCGCACACCACCAUCGGGAAAGUAUGCCUCGAAUCAGCGGUAGAGCUGCCGAGGAUCCUGUGUCAGGAGGAACAAGAUGCUUAUAGGAGGAUUCACAAACUUAGGCACCUGGACUCCAUAACCAAGAUCCAUAACGGCUCGGUAUUCACCAAGCAUCUGUGCAGUCAGAUGUCCGCAGUCUGUGGGCCCCUCCUGCAGUGGUUGGAGAACAGACUAGAGCAAAAUCAGCAGCACUUGCAGGACUUGGAACAAGAAAAGGAAGGCCUUCUGCAGGAGCUGUCUUCCCUAGAAUAA